AUGGAGCAGACGGCCACAUACAGGUUGAUCGUUGUGGGAGCAGGCGGGGUGGGCAAGUCCACCAUCGUCCUGCAACUUGUCCAGAAUCAUGGAGGGGCUCUAACCAAGCAGCUCCGAAUUGACCACGAGCUGUGCCGUCUCGACAUACUAGACAUCGCCGGCCAAGCCGAAUUCAGUGCUCUCCGGGAUCAGUACCAGCGAAGCUGCGACGGCGUGUUGUGCGUCUACGACAUGACCUCCCGCAACUCGUUCGACGAGGUGGCGUGGUUCAGGGAAGGAGUCCUACGCGCGCAGGAGGACGCCGCCACAGUGCCCACGGUGCUGGUGGCCAACAAGUGCGAUCUGGCUGACAACAAGCGCGAGGUGGCGGCCCAGGAGGGCGCCCGGCUGGCUGAAUCCUGGACCGGCUGCCGGUUUCUGGAGUCGUCGGCCAAGUCGCGCAUCAACAUCGACGAGGCCUUCGUCGAACUGGUGCGCGCCAUCAGAGCCGCACCGGGCGACGCCAAUAGGCGAGUGCCUGGCCACAGGCGCCGCGCCAAGAGCGGUCGGUCUCGAGGGUGCACCUGCUCUUGA